GUUUCACCUUCCUGCACAAUCUCUCUGCCUACAAGUCCUGACAGAGGGCACACAUUACCCGUCAGCCACUUUCCCAGUGUACUGAAGCAAGAUGGCAGCUGUUGUUGAGAAUGUUGUCAAACUGCUGGGAGAGCAGUACUACAGAGAUGCCAUGGAGCAGUGUCACAACUACAAUGCCAGGCUGUGUGCUGAGAGGAGUGUUCGGAUGCCGUUCCUCGACUCUCAGACUGGCGUGGCUCAGAGCAACUGUUAUAUCUGGAUGGAGAAGAGACACAGGGGACCAGGCGUGGCUCCAGGACAGCUGUACACUUACCCAGCCAGGAGGUGGAGGAAGAAACGGAGAUCUCAUCCUCCAGAAGACCCCCGGCUUAUCUUCCCUCCGGUUAAAUCAGAGCUAGAUUUAGGACUGAAGAAGGAUGCUCUGUUGUCAUCGGAUGGUAGCAGCCUGGAGGCCCUGCUGAAGGGUGAGUCCUUGGACAAACGGACAUCUGCAGACCUUCGAGGCUCUGAGGAGGAUUCAAACCUGAGUGAUUACACAGGAGGCCUGAACCCUGCUGCCCGGAUUAGAAAGAGAAUCCUCGAGCCAGACGACUUCCUGGACGACCUUGAUGAUGAAGACUAUGAGGAAGACACGCCUAAAAGAAGAGGCAAAGGGAAAGGGAAGGGUCGAGGAGUGGGCAGCAGCAGGAAGAAGCUGGACACAGCGGCACUGGAAGACAGAGACAAGCCUUACGCCUGUGACAACACUCUCAAACAAAAGCAUAUUUCAAAACCUUCUGAAAGAGAAAGCAGGAGACCUCAGGAACCUGUUUGUGGGAAGCGCUACAAGAACCGUCCCGGCCUGAGCUACCACUACACCCACUCCCACCUGGCCGAGGAGGAGGGUGAGGAGAAAGAAGACAUGGAAAUCAACGAGCCCGCCCUGCCGCUGCCCGAGGAGCCGAAAACGCCGAAGAAAGGGCCAGAUGGGCUCGCGUUGCCUAAUAAUUACUGCGAUUUCUGCCUGGGAGACUCCAAAACUAAUCACAAGACCGGCCAAUCAGAAGAGCUGGUGUCCUGCUCCGACUGUGGACGCUCGGGUCACCCCUCCUGCCUGCAGUUCACUCCUGUAAUGAUGGCUGCUGUGAAGACGUACCGCUGGCAGUGCAUAGAGUGUAAAUGCUGCAACAUGUGCGGCACAUCGGAGAAUGAUGAUCAGCUUCUGUUCUGCGAUGACUGCGACAGAGGCUAUCACAUGUACUGCCUCAACCCCCCCAUGUCUGAACCUCCCGAGGGAAGCUGGAGCUGUCAUCUAUGUCUGGACCUUUUGAAAGACAAGGCGUCUAUAUACCAAAACCAGAACGCCCCACCAUCGUGAUGGCCACUCUGGCCUGCGCACCCUCAUCACCCAGCCGUCCUGCAGCAGCGUCGUUCACCCUUCAAAAUAAGAUGACAGACUUCCCUGACAAGCUGACCUCAGAGGGAGUGUGUUCUGGACAGGGAAAAAGGGAAGGAACGGGAGGUACACCUUUACCAGGCUGGCUUCGGUUACCAUCAGAUAUGACUGUUACACAGUUCCAACCUCAGAUUCAAUCCCAUAGAUUUUUAUUUUCACCGCCUUGCCACAUAACCAAUUUCAGCAACACUCAUUUUAGCAGAAAGACAGCAUAAAUAGCCAAAUAAUCUCUUCUAGUUCAGCUUUUUUUUUUUUUUACACAAAGUUGCUAAAACCUUGUCAAUGUACCGAUUUUAUGACUAGAGCAGAAAUAGAGCUCAUUGAUAUCAAAUAGCAUGCCAAUGCUCACUCAUAGUUUAAAAAAAAAAAGACAUUUUAUAAUAUUUAUAUAUUUCUAUAGUAUAUAUAUUAGUGUUGAGUAUGCACAAAUUGGAAAGAGAAUGGUCAUGAUAUGUUUCAGAGCCCAUUUCAUCAUUGUGAGAGAAACCCAGCACCACGUGUUGUUUUAUGGAACUGUUUUUGGUGAUUCAUUUGAUAGAGUCAAAGGGAUUUGCUGAGACUGUAAAUAAUUUUUCCCUCUUAUCCAUUGGCUGCGGCCACAUAACGGUACGCAGAGAAACUGCACGACACAGGUGGCUCCAGAGGCUGAAGGACUUCAGGGGCGGCAGGUUGGAUUUUUAGUCUAGUAAUGGACUCGUGUUUGUGCAACACGCAGACAUGCUGAAAGACAUACUAAUGUGCUGGUUUCAUUCAGGCUUUGGGGCCUUUUUUUUUUUUUUGGACCCACCUGUUGACUCUCCAUUGUGGUCCUGAGGACUGGAGUGACACAGCAGAUGAGAUGAUGAUGAGAAAGUCAAAAACAAAUCCUACAUGCAUUAUCAGCCCGGUAAAGGGAUAAUCGCUGUGUUCUAGCAGUUUGCUGAUCAUGCAACAUAUCCAUUGUUCUGUUGAUGAUGUGACACCACUAGAUUUUUUUUUUUUUUUAAAUCUAAGGACAACGUGACCUUGAUUGCGGUCACUUGCUGACAAUAUAAAAGCAAUAGAAGAGCCGUUGUAGGAGGCUGGGAUGACAGGGACUCGUGGCUGAGUCUGUUUAGGCUAAUGUGCGAUACUGUAAAUGUUCUUUAUCAGAAAAUGCUAUUACAGAUAGUGGACUGUGGCAACAUUUGUGGAUGGCUCCAUACUGUAGAAAAGAGAUUAUAAUGUGUAUAUGUAUAAUGUGGGGAGAUGGCUCUUUCUGUCACUGCUUUCAUAGUUUGAUUAUGCAAUGGUUUCCUUCUGUGGUUAGAGGAAGUCUGGCUGAACUGCUAAAGCAGUAACUUUACCUCACACAGAAAACAGUAUUUAAAGGGUUGAAAUGUUGUAGAUAGAUGGCACAGACAGAGGGAUAAAUAAUCACGACAGCUGCAGCGUCUGCUUCAAUAACUGCGUAUUCUACAGUUAAACAAGUGCAUGUUCAGUAAUUGUCAGCACUCGUAUUCCGUGUAGUCGUCUCAGCGUGAGGCCGGCAAAGGUGUUGGGAAGUGGUGUAAUAUAAAUUAACCAUGCUAUCAUGUUUCAAUAGCCAACUAACAUUACUAAAGCAUUACACAAAUAUAACUUGGUUUAUUUUUCUCAUCAUGUUUUAAACUUACCGUUUUAUCUAGAGACGGUGGCUACUAGAAUAUUUUGCUGGUUGUGUUUCUUUUUUUUUUUUUAUUUUUUUUUUGGUAUUCAUCAGUGAUGUUUGCAUACCUGAUUUGUGGGACAUUUUUUUGGGACUUAAGCAGAAGUUGCUUUCUAGUUAAUCCUGUGAUCCGGGUCUGAACUGAGCCGCUCUCCUCCAAAGCUCCACAACAAGAAGCAAAGUCUGUAAUGUGAUUAAGAGGCUAACGCUGUUCAGCGGUUAAGCAUCCGACAUCCAAACUAAACUGACACAAACAAGAAGCGCGUCCACCUGCUGUUGUCACAAACAGCCGUUAUGUCAUUUUAAUAUCAGACUCAGUUUUCUUGUUUCCAGCUUUGGGAGAGGCGUGCUCAUUACAGCAGGAGGAAAACAUAUUUAACCCUUUCAUGCACGGUGUCAGCGCUGGCUUUGCGCCCCUUUAUAUUCCUGUGUUGUAUGGUGUCCACAUGUGUGGGCGAUAAGAUGUAUUUAAACCAGAAUUUUGUUUUUGUUUUUUUUUAACUAAAAAAAAUUCCCAUAAUUUGUGCAUGAAAGGGUUAAAUCAAGGUCAUAGGUUUACAUCGUAGGGGAAUUCUCUUAGGGUGGACUUUGAUUUGGAUUGUGAUGGAAUGUUUUAUUGUAUGAAAAUUGUCUUCAGGAAAAUAAAAUAC